ACUAGGACCUCCAGGACACUCUGCGUCUACAGCGCUAACCAGAAGAGAAAUCAGGAAAUAACGCAGUGGCUCUUUCUGGGAGCGUGUCCUUGAAAAUAAAGCUUUGCUGCUCCGUAUGAAAAGGGAUUUAUUCUCCAGGAAUUCAGGGAUUUGAGUCCCGGCUUAGCCGUGAGCAGCCCUGAGACAUCGUUGCCCCCAAGGCCUUGCAUGGACAUUUCUGGGAGGUGACGGCCGCGCUGGGAGAAGACAAGGAGUUGCUGAUGCACUGCCAGCCCAGCCAGCAUGUCCGGGAAACACUGGGCACCAGGGACGCAGUGCGUCACCAAGCAUGACCACACCAAGCCAAAGGCCUGCGAGCUAGCCUUCCACAAGGGAGACGUGAUCACUAUCAUUGAGGCUGUGGAGGGCAAAGGGUGGUACCGCGCCAAGCAUAACGACACUGGGCAGGAAGGGCUGCUGGCAGCCAGUGCACUGCGGGAACGUGGAGCCAUCCGGGCAGACCCAAAGCUCAGCCUCAUGCCCUGUGGGGAAGCGCAUCAGCAGGCUCCACAGCCUCAUCUCCCCAGCUGGUUCCAUGGGAAGAUCUCAGGGGUACAGGCGGUGCAGGAGCUGCAGCCCCCUGAAGACGGGCUGUUCCUGGUGCGCGAGUCCAUCCGGCACCCCGGCGACUACGUGCUAUGCGUGAGCUUUGGCAAGGAGGUUAUCCACUACCGUGUGAUAUACGAGGAAAACACGCUGAGCAUCGACAGCCAGCAGCGCUUUUGCAACCUCAUCGACAUGAUUGAGCACUACAUGAAGGAGCAGGGAGCUAUCUGUACCAAGCUGGUGAAGCCUAAACCAAAAACUGGCAUGAAGUCAGCUGAGGAGGAGCUGGCCAAAGCUGGCUGGUUACUGAACCUACAGCACCUCACGCUGGGAGACCGCAUUGGGCAAGGCGAAUUCGGAGAUGUCCUGCAGGGUGAGUACAUGGGGCAGAAGGUGGCCGUGAAGAAUAUCAAGUGUGACGUGACUGCCCAGGCCUUCCUUGCUGAAACUGCUGCCAUGACAAAGGUCCGGCACAAGAACCUGGUGCGUUUGCUUGGUGUGAUCCUGCACAACGGCCUUUACAUUGUCAUGGAGUUCAUGAGCAAGGGGAACCUGGUGAACUUCCUGCGCACACGGGGCCGGGCUGUUGUGCGGACCAGGCAGCUUCUCCAGUUUGCUCUGGACAUCGCCCAGGGCAUGGACUACCUGGAGUCCAAGAAGCUGGUGCACAGAGACCUUGCAGCCCGCAACAUCCUCAUCUCCGAGGAGAAUGUGGCCAAAGUGAGCGACUUCGGUUUGGCAAGAGUCAAUCCUAAGGGCACAGACAACACCUUGUUGCCCGUGAAGUGGUCGGCUCCAGAGGCCCUGAAACACAAUAAAUUCUCCUCUAAGUCAGAUGUCUGGAGCUACGGGAUCCUCCUGUGGGAGGUGUUCUCCUACGGCCGGGCACCCUAUCCCAAGUUGAGCCUGAAGGAGGUGACAGAGAUGCUGGAGCAGGGAUACCGCAUGGAGGCCCCUGAGGACUGCCCAUCCACCAUCUAUGCACUGAUGAAGAGCUGCUGGGAGCUGGAACCAGGGAAGCGGCCGUCCUUCAAGAAACUCAUGGAGAAGCUGCAGAAGGAGCUGAAGCACUUAGGGGAUGUUUAACCCACUGUCACCCUCCCUGAGUGCACAGGGCUCAUGGCCAGUAACCCUCUGGACCCACCGGGGUUGGAAACAGCUCAGCAAGAGCAGCACAGUGCGUCUGAGCAGAGUGGUGGCCCAGGACACUUGUGUCUCCCAAUAAAAUGGGACAGCAGCUCCA